AUGACCAUAACUAUACGAAAAACAAUACACGUUCUAAGACCCGCCGCCGCCGGAGAAGACUCACUGGAGAAGACCUCCCCACCCCCCCACCCCGAGAAGACCCACCGCUGCGCCAAGAAGAAAAGGAACCUCCCCACCAGGAUCCGCCUCAGCACCUCCUCCGCCGACAGCGGCUGGUUCAGCAGCGAAGGCGCCGCUACCGUCGCCGACCAGGAAACCAAAACUCUAGUCUCCUCCUUCCUGGGAUCCUCCUCUGUGCUCUAUCCUAUCCGAGAAAUGCAGCUCUUCUCCAAUUCAAACCCUAGAAACCCUCACCGGCGUAGCAGGAGAUCGAGAUCAUCAUCCACGAAGCGGGCGCCGGCGAGGUUGUCGGUGUUCAAGAAGUUGAUAUCGUGCACGGUGGGGGGGAAGGUGAAGGAGAACUUCGCGAUCGUGAAGAAGUUAGAAAAUGUCAGAAUCGGGUUAAAAAUGUUGAACGUUUAA